CAGAGCACCUGAUUGAGCCCUGCAGUGAUCCACAGAGAAAGAGAGAGAAAGAAGAAAAAGUAGCUACGUAGCAUUGAAACGGCAUCCUCUACAGUUGGUUCUGACACAGUGUUGCCACCAGCUUCAAACACAACAGACAAAUAUAGCUACAGACUCUGUUGGAGUACAGACGGCUGGGAAACAGCUACCAGCAGACACAUAGGAGUGCAGCACCUGUAGGACAGUACAGACAGUAGACAGUACUACAGACAGUUUGGAGGCAGUACAGACGGUCCAGUACAGACAUGCAGUGUAAGUGUUUCCUUUCGUGUGUUCUGCUGCUUACCGCCGCCGGACCUCUCCUCACACACCCCGUCUCACACUCUAACGAGAUGUCCUACACCGGAACAGCGUCAGUAGAGGAGGACCAGGUGGUGAGUCCAGAGGAGCUGUCCCUUUCUGACCACACCUACAGAUUCCACAUUGCACCUGGCCUUGGCAAUCUAAGAUCAGCAGUGUUCAGCCCAGACCAGGCCGUGAGAGAGGUGCUGUUGGAAACACCAGCUCUGAGCCCUCAACCUCGUUUCCUGGGCAGCAGAAGAGAGUACCGGAAGAGAACCACCACCGAGUGCUUCUGGAAGUACUGUGUCUAGGAGUGACACACACACACACGAUACAUGUAUGUAUUUAUUCUGUUCAGGCACAGCUCAGGUGUACAUAGUGAAAUAGUGAAUAUGAGUAAUAAACAUGACUGUGUAGUGUUGUAUGUACAAUAAUGAAUAAAACAGUAUGUUUGGAGA